UUCAGAACCUCCCCAUGGCUUUUCUUUUGUCACCCUCUUUUCUAAUUUCUUUUUCUCUCUAAUAACCAUGCAUGCAUGUAGUAACAUCAUCCAUGGCUAAAGAGGCCGCCAAUAACGACGGCGUUCCAUUAGUGUUCGAUGCAUCGGUUCUACGACACCAACAUAAGAUUCCAAAGCAAUUCAUAUGGCCAGAUGAGGAGAAGCCAAGCGAGGCGGGGUGUCCAGAGAUGGAGGUCCCAUUAAUCGACUUGUCCGGAUUUUUAUCCGGAGAUAAAGAUUCAGUUCGAGAAGCCGUCCGACACGUCGGUGAGGCUUGUGAGAAACAUGGAUUUUUUCUUGUGGUGAACCAUGGAGUUGACUUAAAACUCAUAGCAGAUGCUCACAAAUACAUGAAUGAAUUCUUUGAAUUGCCGCUUUGUGAAAAACAAAGGGCUCAAAGAAAAGUUGGCGAACAUUGUGGUUAUGCCAGUAGUUUCACUGGUCGAUUCUCUUCUAAGCUACCUUGGAAAGAAACUCUUUCGUUUCGAUUCUCUGCUGACGAAUCCUUGGAUGACCAUGUUUUUCAUUACCUUCGCACCAAACUCGGUGACCGAUUUGCCAACUUUGGUAGGGUUUAUCAAGAGUACUGUGAAGCAAUGAGUGGACUAUCUUUGGGGAUAAUGGAGCUAUUGGGGAAAAGCCUUGGAGUAGAAGGAGAGUACUUCAAGAACUUCUUCAAAGACAAUGAUUCAAUAAUGAGAUUGAAUUUUUAUCCACCAUGUCAAAAGCCACAUCUCACCUUAGGGACAGGCCCUCAUUGUGACCCAACUUCUUUGACCAUUCUUCACCAAGACCAAGUUGGUGGCUUACAAGUUUUUGUAGACAACCAAUGGAGACUCAUUGCCCCUAAUUUUGAUGCUUUUGUUGUCAAUAUUGGUGACACUUUCAUGGCACUAUCAAAUGGAAGAUACAAGAGUUGCUUGCAUAGAGCAGUGGUGAACAGCAAGAGAACAAGGAAAUCUUUAGCAUUUUUUUUAUGUCCAAGAAAUGAUAAAGUGGUAAAGCCACCAAUGGAGUUGGUGGACAAUGAGAACCCAAGAAUAUAUCCAGAUUUUACAUGGUCCAUGCUUCUCCAAUUCACACAGAAUAAUUAUAGAGCUGAUAUGAAAACACUUGAAGUUUUUUCAGCUUCUCUUCAACAACAACAAUCUUAAUUAUUAAUUAUUUAUAAUAUAUUUAUUCUUCCUCUCUUCUUUCCUUAGUAUUAUUGCCUCUUUCUCUAUGCUAAAAGAGUUUUUUCUUGUGGUGAUGAGGAAAAUAGAAGUGACUCUUUUGUUUCUUUUUCUUUUUUAAUUUUACUCUCUCAAUGGAAUGACAAGGGAAAAGUUGAGGGAAAAGCCAGUUCCUUUUCUUUUGUUUUUGUCUUUUUCUUCUUCUUAUUUUA